UCACGUGUAUCGAUAAAGUUCAACUACACUACAGAAUGACUUGACUAUGUUGACUGAAUUCAUCUGAACUUAUUCGAUUGCAGAAACCUACUGGACAUCUUGGAGAUUUGUAAACUGUAGGUUUCUCAAAAGGUCAGAGGUCACCACUGUCAUCAGCAGUAGUGUACUAUAAAUAGCAACAUGGAUCCAGAUGGGGAUUCCGAUGGUGGCUUUGAGGAUGCGGCUGCUGAGGAUAUGGCCGAGGUGGUUGAUUUGAACGAGGCAGAUGGAGAGUAUGUGAUUGAUGACAUGGGUGAUAUGGAUUCAGAAGGCUUUGACGGAGACGGAGAUGAGGAAGGGGAUGAUGAAAAUGAAGACGAGGCUGAGGGGAUGGAUGCUCCAGCGGAGGAUGAGUUGGAGGACGACGCUGACUUUGUCUACGACAAACACACAGCCUCUGUAUUCUGCUGCGAUUUGGAACCCACCAAGGGCGCCCUCGCCGUUACGGGGAGCGAGGACGAUAAAGCGUACGUCUGGAAAAUCGGGGAUGGGCAACCAGUGCUGGAGUGCUCAGGUCACAAAGACUCGGUUGCAUGUGUCGGCUUCAGUCACGACGGUUCCCUCGUGGUGUCGGGUGACAUGAGCGGCCUGAUUAAAGUCUGGAAGGUGGACACACAGGAAGAAAUCUGGUCAUUUGAGUGCUCGGACUUGGAGUGGCUGACGUGGCACCACAGCUCACAUGUUCUCUUCGGGGGGACGUCGGAGGGUCAGAUUUGGAUGUGGAAGGUACCUAGCGGGGAUUGUAAGACCUUGCAAGGGCACGGCUGCCAAACGACAUGCGGCAAGAUAUUUGCAGAUGGCAAGAGAUGCUGUGCCGGAUAUGAAGAUGGAACGGUGAAAAUAUGGGAUUUGAAGGAGACAACGGCACUUCACACAUUCAAAGGUAACACUGGGCACAGUAGUGGUGUGACAUCCCUUGAUUGCCAUAGCAACAAUAUUGUGGUUCUCACUGGUUCUGUUGAUGGAACGGCAAAAGUCUUGAACAGCAACAAUGCUAAGGUUUUAGCCACUUUCUCAGCCGGAAAUGUAAAACCAGAGAUUGGUGACAGCAACUCAGUGGAGGCUGUUGGAUUGUGUCAAAGUCAAUCCCUGGCUGCCGUUGGAUCACUGAAUGGCAUAUUAGGAGUUUGGGACAUACCUACACAGAAACGGAGACAUUGCUGCCAGUUAGAGGCUGGCAUAGUGCGGCUGAGGUGGGACCCCUCGGGUACCCCUACGAUCUUCACAGCGGGGCUAGACGGCAGGGUCUGUCUGUGGGAUGCAAGGUCAGGAGAAUCGGUGGCGUCGUGGACUGGCCACAGAGGGGAGAUUCUGGAUAUGGCUAUCAGCAAUGACGGAAACACCAUAGUAACUGCAUCUGGAGACACGUCAUGUAGGGUAUUCUCACUGCAGCGUCCGGAGAGGUAGAUCCUGGCAAAGAGUCAUCAAACUGGAUUCCCUUCGAGAAAGACACCGACAGAGACGUCCUCGUUAUAUCCUGCAAAAGGCAGAAGAAUCCUUUAUAACACGGUUCGAAAUUAGCGGUAGCCCGCUAGCCAAAUGCUAGUCAAAACAGCGGCGGGCUAGUCAAACUAUUCCCUAAGUAGCCCGGCUGGCGAGUCAAAAUAUUAUUGGGAUACAGCAAAGAUGAACGGACAGGAAGAAAUAAAUCAUUAAAUUCAGAAAGAAAACCUCAUCAGGUUGUGUCCAGUUUUUUCAACUGUUUUAAAAGGUUAAAUUAUUAGAUCCUCAGAAUUGAGCCUGAAAAUACCCCAUUUUGCAUUUGAGCUGAAAAACAUGCGGGCUCGUGAAAAUGCCCGCGGACUAGUAGCCUGGCUGGCUAAUGAACAAAAAAGUUAAGGUCGAACCCUCAUUUAGAACAGGACAGCCAAAACUUUGAGCCAAAGGGAUAAACAUGAGAAUCAAUCAUGUUUGAAAUCUUAAAAUGGCCAUUUAUUUUACACAAUUUUAAGGCCUUUUACCCCCUUUUUAAUAAGCGCAUUAAUUUCCCUGUCUUUGCUUGUAUGUACACCCUAUUUUGCCUUUUUAUUAAGGAAGAGGGCAGUGUUUACCUGAACUACGCUUCCUUUGGGGUUUUUACUGUCUUCCUUUUAUUUAUGGACAGUGUUAUAAUUUUGUGAUGGCUGUUGAAUUUUUGCGUAAGCAUGAAAUAAAUUCUGUCUGGUGAUUGGAUCAGAACAUAUCACAUGAUCUGCAUUACAUGGGUUUGGUAGACUGGAACCAAAAAAAAAUCUAUGAAUUAUCUACUGCGUGUCGCCAUGUGCUUAUUUCCAUCCAUGUACAUGAUAUUUGUAUUUCCAACUUGAUGCUUAAAAGACCUCAAAAUAAAGAUAUGACAUUGAGUUACCGAUUCAUAAUGACAUGAAGUAAUGCAAAUGCUGUACAUGCAAAUAUUGACUUAUUUGUUGACUCAGAUAUGUACAAAAUAUGUGAGGUGCUUACAAUAAAAAUAUGUUUAAGUCACCACAACAGGUCUAAACUUUCCCCAAACAAUUAAAAAAGACACAACAAAAACCUAGCUAUGAGCAUCCUUUUCCCCAGUGUUUGUUUGUUUGUUUGGUUUUUUUUUUUUACACAAGGCAUAUCUUGGCCUUAACAGCUAGAAACAUUAUUAAUAGAGACUGCUGAUGGCUUGUCGCCCAGAUAGCGAUUCACUUCCCUCUUGAAGCUGGCCAGAUUCCUGUUAGUGGGUAUGUGGGCAGAAGAGAGUUCCAUAUUCGGGCCGAAGAUGGUAAAAAGGACCUUUGAUGGCUGACUCGGUUUAUCAGAAUGUCGACAUGUACUGAUUUAUUAAAGAGGAAAUAUGAAUUUCAAAGAAAGAAGGCUUA